GUCAAAAUGUGAAUUUUUACAAUAAUUUUAUUGUUUUUUUGAUUUUUUUGUUCAAAAUUUGUUUAAUGUUUAUUAAUUAAUGUGCAUUGACUGGGCCGCAUAUUCUGCAGUAUGGAGAGCGGCGAAGGCGAGGAGGUUCUCAAAGGGAGAAAGCUCAACAGCGAGGAGCUGGCCGACUUGAUCCGGAAGCGAAGCCAAACUGACGCAAUCCGCGUGGCCAAGUUAAACUCCUACGCCAUCCUGCAACAGAAACGGCAGAGGGCAGCAAACGCGAGACGCCAUGCGGAACAGAAAAAGCGGUCUCCGGUACGCAAGAAUGACAACGAGCAGAAAGAUAAGCUUGCACAACCGAAUCAGCGCGGCGCGGACGGACGUAUGAACAGUGAGCCCGUAGACCGGUGCAGAAUGCGAAGACGCCGCCGCUGCUCCCGUAGGCGUCGACGGCGGAGUCGCCGCCGUUGCUGUUGUCGUCGUCGCCGCCGUCGCAGCCGCAGCCGUUGCCGACGUCGCCGCCGUUUCCGUCGUCGCCGACGUUUGCGUCGACGCCGCAGUUGUCGGCGCCGCCGACGCCAUUAAUGCAUUGUAAAGCCAUACUUGCAAAUAAAAAAAGACUCGCGUAGCUUAUUUCGGAGAUGUCAUUGCAUCCGUAUAUACGAGUACAUUACAACGCAGAAUUCAGGACACUUAACAGUCUACGCGGGAACUAAAGGUUAGGUUUUGUUAACCUCUGAAGCCAUCACAAAUAGGAAAGGGUGUGAGUUGUGACAUUGGAUUGAUACAAUAAACUUCUUCUAGAAACAGAAAAUUAGU